GCCAAACGGCAAAAUUCGGACCAAAGCCAAGACACACAAAAUUAGAAGCAAAAACAAAAUGGCAACGGCGGUAACCCUCCUAGCAUGCGCAUUUAGCCUCACAUUGCUAAUUUCCGCUAUUCCCUCAGCCACCGCCCUCCGCCAUGACCCUGAAUUUCUACGCCAGGUCACCGACGGGGAGAUUUUCAACAAUCUCCCCGCGGGGAGCGAGAGGAAGUUCGCUAUGUUCAUGGAGAAGUACGGGAAGAGCUAUCCGACUAGGAAGGAGUAUUUGCACCGCCUUGGGAUUUUUGUUAAGAAUUUGAUCAGGGCGGCGGAGCAUCAGGCGUUGGAUCCCACCGCCGUGCACGGCGUUACGCAGUUCUCGGACUUGUCGGAGGAGGAGUUUGAGCGGAUGUUUAUGGGAGUGAGAGGCGGCGCAGGUGGAGCGGGGUUGCAGGAGAUGAAUCAAGCAGUGGAGGUGUCGGCGGAGGAGGUGAAGGGGUUGCCGGAGAGGUUUGAUUGGCGGGAGAAGGGAGCUGUUACCGGAGUUAAGAUGCAGGGCACGUGCGGAUCAUGCUGGGCAUUCAGCACGUGUGGAGCAGUUGAAGGCGCCCAUUUCAUAGCCACCGGAAAACUCCUCAACCUCAGCGAACAACAGCUCGUCGAUUGCGAUCACACGUGCGAUCCAACGGACAAAACCGCCUGCAACAACGGCUGCAACGGCGGCCUAAUGACCAACGCCUACAAAUACCUAAUCCAAUCCGGCGGCCUCGAGGAAGAAUCUUCAUACCCUUACACCGGCCGCAGCGGCCAAUGCAACUUCCAAUCCGACAAAAUCGCAGUUAAGGUCUCCAAUUUCACCACCAUUCCCAUCGACGAGAAUCAGAUCGCCGCUCAUCUGGUCCGCAGCGGCCCGCUCGCCGUCGGGCUUAACGCCGUGUUCAUGCAGACAUACAUCGGCGGCGUAUCCUGUCCGUUGAUCUGCGGGAAGAGAUUCGUCAACCACGGCGUGCUUAUGGUAGGGUACGGCGACGAAGGGUUCUCGAUUCUUCGGUUCAGGAAAUUGCCGUACUGGAUUAUAAAAAAUUCUUGGGGAGAACGGUGGGGAGAACAUGGUUACUACCGGCUCUGCCGCGGCCAUGGUAUAUGUGGAAUUAAUACCAUGGUUUCGGCCGUCGUUACUCAGGCUUAGAUUUAAUUUUGGGAUAUGUUUUUUUUUUUGUCUUCCAUACUAUUCUAGUGGAUAUGUAAUUCCAUUUGCAAGUGUUUUUCUUUAAUCCAUGGACUUUAUUUUAUAGAA